AACAAGCUGCUAGCUACGAGACCUUCCCGCCCAACGUCGUCGUCAAGUCAUGCAUCGUCCGUUCAGGGCGCACUAACAAGUGCACCGCGCGCGUACCACGACUGCCCGGCGUCUGCGUGCCGGCCGGCCGGGCUUGGCCUGCCUCUACUACAAAUCUCUUACCUCUCCGAUCCUUUUCUUCAAUCUCUUACCUCUUCUUCUUCUUCCUCCUCCUCCUCGAUCGCCAUUUGUGCAUGCAUACAGGUGCUCGUGGACAAUGGCGUGGUGCAGGUGACGCUGUCCAAACCGCAGGGCCACAUCACCGCCGUCGGCUACAACGGCGAGCGCAACCUGCUGCACUACGCCGGCCAGGAGAACUCGGGAGGGUACCGGGAUGUGGUGUGGAACUAUCCCGGCUCCGAUCACCCAAGAGGGAUGAUCGACAUGUUGGACAGUACAGAGUUCAAGGUCAUAUCCUCAAGCCAGGAGCAAGUGGAGCUUUCUUUCAGGAGUACAUAUAACCCAUCAUGUCAAGAUAGUGUUCGGCUCAACAUUGACAAGAGACUUGUGAUGCUGAAAGGCAGCUCUGGGUUCUACUGCUACGCCAUCUUUGAGCACACCAGCAACUGGCCUGCCAUGAACAUCUCAGAGGCUCGGCUCGCUUUCAAACUAAACACGGACAAGUUCAACUACAUGGCGAUUUCAGACGACAUACAAAGAUACAUGCCCAGCGCGGCAGACAGAGACGAGCCUCGAGGCACUGCACUGGCCUACAAGGAGGCUGUUCUUCUCGUUAACCCUGAGGAGCCACAGUUCAAGGGAGAGGUGGAUGACAAGUACCAGUACUCGCUGGACAACAAGGACAACGUCGUCCAUGGAUGGAUCAGCAGCAAUCACCCCAACCCCAUGGGCUUCUGGGUCAUCACCCCCAGCAACGAGUUCAAGAGCGGCGGCCCCAUGAAGAGGGAACUCACCUCCCACGUCGGACCCACCUCCCUCACUAUGUUUCUGGGAACGCAUUACAUUGGGGAUGACAUUGUCCUCAACAUCGGCGGUGGCGAGUAUUGGAAGAAGGUGUUGGGGCCAGUCUUCAUCUACCUCAACUCGAGCCCGAAACACGGUGAUCUCCGGGCUCUCUGGCAGGAUGCCAAGGCGCAGGCGCAAACCGAAGUCAGCAAGUGGCCGUACAGCUUCCCUAAAUCACCGGACUUCGCCAAGGCCGGCAAGAGGGGCUCCGUCACCGGAAGGCUCAUGGUCAGAGACAGGUUCAUGAGGAAGGACGACAUGCCUACCCGGAUGGCGUACAUCGGCCUCGCCGCGCCCGGGCAGCCUGGCUCCUGGGCGACAGAGUGCAAGGGUUAUCAGUUCUGGACGACGGCCACGUCCUGCGGCAGUUUCACCAUUGGCAAUGUCCGGGCAGGGGUGUACAACCUCUACGCAUGGGUCCCCGGGGUUCUUGGAGACUACAUGUACACUUGUGCUGUGACCGUAACGCCAGGUUGCGCCAUCGACCUCGGUGAUCUCGUGUUCUUGCCUCCAAGAUCAGGCCCGACGCUGUGGGAGAUCGGAGUCCCGGACGGGACCGCCGCGGAGUUCUUCAUUCCUGACGUCGACCCCAGAUACGCCAACCGGCUGUUUCUGCACAGGGAAAAGUAAGCUCUUCAUCUUUGAUGGCUUACGGAAGCAUAUGGCACGAGGCUGUACCCUGACAGCGAUCAGAGCCUCACGGUCGGUCAGAGCGACCACUCCAAGGACUGGUUCUUUGCGCAUGUCACAAGGAAGUUAGGCAAUGGCAACGUGCCAGCAACGCGUCAGAUAAGGUUCAACCUGGACCACGUCGUCGCGGACGGCACCUACACGCUGCGCAUCGCCCUUGCAGCUGCUCAGAUGUCCAGACUGCAGGUGCACGUGAACGGGGGCGGGUUGUUCACGACGCCGGAGUUCGGCGGCGGCAACGCCAUCGCGCGGCACGGCAUCCACGGCGUGCAGUGGAGCUUCGAGUUCCCAAUCAGGGGGUACCUGCUGCAGGAAGGCGAGAACAGGUUGAGCAUCACGCAGAGCAGGGCCUUUGGCGAGUUCUUGGGGGUCAUGUACGACUACAUCCGCCUGGAAGGACCUCCCGGAUCCUGGCGAGACCCCACGCGACGGCCAUGAUCAUCACCAUCUAAUCAUUAAAAUUUUUUAUCUUAAUUAGGAUAGAUAUACACACAGCAACAACACUUGUAAGAGUAAACUCAAAGAUUGUUAGAGCAGUAUAACAGGGUUGCGCAUCGCUCCCUCGCAAGCAAACCGGCGAACUCCACGAGAAAGUCUAAAAUUGAU